AUGGCAAAGCCAGCUGCGACUGCGAUCUUCCCGAAGCGACAGUUCGUCGCCCUCCCAUUUCUCAGUAGCCUCCUCGACUUGUCUGGCUGGAUGCAGGGCGUGCAGCAGCAGGUAGCUCUGAUCAGCGUGACACAGCAUGCUACACAAGAUAUCAUGGUUCCUCACAAACGGACUACAGUUGGCAGAGUGCUGGAUGGGCCGGAUGUAGGCAUGUUGCAGCAUGGGCGGCAGUGCGCAGCUGGGCGAACUGCAGCACCACUUGCUUGGCCUCCACGACAUCAGCUUGCAUGCUCGAAAGCGUGCAAGUGUCCUAGCAGCGGCGAAGGCACAUCAACAAGUUCCUGUGCCACGCCGAAGGUCCAGACCUACUGGCAGCUCCGGUGGCUUGGAAGCACGGGAUGGACUACGCGGAGUACCAAAAUGUCAUGCCGGACCACAGGAGAGGCAUUCAAAGUGGGAAGUCAAUGUUCUAGCGAGAGCUUGAGGAACAAGGCCCUGGAGGCCUUCAAGAAGCACUUGGUGGAGAAGCGAGCACUGAUCGAAGAGGCAAAUGCCCAGGACAAGGCAGAGGCCGAAGUUGCAGUUAAAGCAGGCAAACUCUCCAGUUCGCUGUUCAAGCGUCUGGACGUGAGUGGCACGAAGUUUGACACUCUGUUGAAGGGGAUUGAUGAGAUCUUCAGUUUGCCAGACCCGAUUGGCCAGGUGACGUAUGCAAACAAGGUUGCUGAAGGUUUGGACUUAUACCGGCUGACUUGUCCGAUCGGAGUUCUCCUCAUCAUUUUUGAAGCUCGACCUGAUGCCGCUGUUCAGAUCGCAUCUCUGGCCAUGAAGUCAGGCAAUGCCUUGCUCCUCAAAGGUGGCAAGGAGGCGCAACGAUCCAAUGCAGCUCUUGUGACCGCAAUGUCUGCAGCUUUGCAGGAUGUCGGCCUUCCUGCAGAUUGCAUUCAAGGGGUCGACACCCGCACAGAAGUAGCCGAGCUUCUAAAGCAGGACAAGUACAUCGACUUGGUCAUUCCAAGAGGUUCCAACGAGCUGGUCAGGUCUAUCAAGGAUGCCUCUCGCAUUCCCGUUCUGGGCCACGCAGAUGGAAUCUGUGCCGUUUAUGUCGACAGCAAGGCUGACUUGGACAAAGCCGUGAAAAUCGUCGUCGACUCCAAGACGCAGUACUGUGCGGCGUGCAACUCCAUGGAGACACUUUUAGUGCAUGAAGAUGUGUGCACAUCUUUUUUGCCCAAGCUCGCAGCAGCAUUGGAAGGAAAGGACGAUGUGCACUACAAGGCAGACGCGACAUGUUUGCCCCAUCUGCCGGCAGCCAUUUCCGAGCCGGUGCAGGAAGAUGACUUUGAUACCGAAUUCCUGUGUCAUACUAUGGCUGUCAAGGCAGUCGCUUCCGUCCAGGAAGCGGUCGACCACAUCAACAGCCACAGCUCUGGGCACACAGAGAGCAUCGUCACAGAAGACCCCAUGAUUGCCGAAACCUUCCUCAGCCGGAUUGACUCCGCGGGUGUCUACCACAACUGCUCGACGCGAUUUGCCGAUGGCUUCCGCUAUGGAUUUGGAGCAGAGGUAGGCAUAUCCACUAAUCGAAUCCAUGCACGAGGACCAUCCUUUCCUCCCGGCGAGGCUUGUCGUCACUUCGAGACCAGCGAUGCUUCGGAGCUCCUUUGCCAGCUGGAAGGAUUUAGUUCGUGCUCGCGAAAGGUGGCAGCAGCAGGCACAGCUGCUCGCGCAUUCUGUCUUCAGCGGCUGGCAGCACAUUGCUUCCUGGUCACAUCGCAAACGGAAAUCCUCAGAG